GAGGUGGACCAAUCAGGUCGAAGGAAAAGUCUGAGGCGGGCUCUGAUUGGCUUCGGAGGCCCGGAGGCGGCUCCGCGGGGCCGCUGGCAGCUGGGCUCGAUGUGAGGAACGAGCAGAGCAGCGGUCACCCGGUGUAAGAGUAUCAUGCGCACAGUGUAUGUCAGGAUGGUGCGUCCAGUGUUUGUGUUCCUCAUCCUUGCUGUGGUGGUCAGCAGCAGCAGUAAGCCCACAGAGAGGAAAAGUCGGGUCCAUCAUGAGGAGCCUCUGAGCGCGCUUGAGCAUGAUGACCAGAAAAACUUCGACUACGACCACGAAGCGUUUUUGGGACAAGAGGAGGCCAAAACCUUCGAGCAACUUACUCCAGAGGAGAGCCAACGCAGACUCGGCAUCAUCGUGGAUAAAAUUGACACUAACCGCGAUGGUUUCGUCUCUGAGGAGGAGCUGAAGGCCUGGAUCAAAAACGCUCAGAGGAAGCACAUCUCUGGCAGCGUGGAGCAUCAGUGGAAAGACUUCGACUUGAAUGGCGACGGCCGCAUCAGCUGGGAAGAGUACAAGAACGUGACAUACGGCAGUUAUCUGGAUGACCCUCCGAAGGAAUCAGAGUACAACUACACCCACAUGAUGUUGAGGGACGAGCGGAGGUUCCGGGUCGCAGACAGGAACGGAGACCUCAUCGCAGACAAACAAGAGUUUACCGCUUUUCUUCAUCCUGAAGAACACGAGUACAUGAAGGACGUCGUGGUGCAGGAAACGAUCGAAGACAUCGACAAGAAUGGAGACGGGUUUAUCGACCUGAAGGAGUAUAUCGGUGACAUGUACAUGUCUGAGAACGGCGAGGAGGAGCCUGAGUGGGUGGCGACAGAGCGUCAGCAGUUCUCAGAGUUCAGAGACAAAAACAAGGACGGGAAGAUGGACAAAGAGGAGACGAUGGACUGGAUCCUUCCUUCUGACUAUGACCAUGCCGAGGCCGAAGCCCGACAUCUGCUGCAUGAGUCUGAUGCCAACCAGGAUGGAAAACUGAGCAAGAAAGAGAUCCUGGACAAGCAUGAGGUGUUUGUUGGAAGUCAGGUGACAGACUUUGGAGAGGCGCUACUGCGACACGACGAAUUCUAGAAGGUCACAUAAUUGAAGCGUCGCUGGAACAAACGGUUUCUGAAUUUUGGUGGAAACUUUAUGGAGAUAAUUUAUUUUUAGAGCCAAAGAACAAAAACAGUUUUGAUGUUCAACAGUUACUGCCAGGUUGUUGGGUCAGACUUUACAAGUUUUUUAUUUUUCAUAUGUGUUUUUGCUUCUGCAGUACAGAAGCGUAAAACACUGAGCCGCCAUUUCACUAAAAUCCACAUUUAUUUCAUUUAGCAUUGAAGAAAAUUAUGUCAUUGGGACACAGGUGGACUAAAAGGAGUGCUCAUGUGAGUUCAGGUGAGAGCGCUUUACUGUCGUACUUCGUACUUCAGAGCGUUGCCACUUUUGGAGCAAAUAACAAAUGUUUUUAUAAAGAUUUAAAGAUGCCUUAAAACUUAAAAAAAUCUACAGACAAAGUCUGAGUUGUAUGUCACAUUUUUACCUGUUUAUCAAUAAAAAAAAAGUGAAACUCGGA